AUGGAUACUCCCAGUGAUUCUGUCAAAAAUAAGACGCACAGCAUCUUCGGAUGCUUGAAGUCGGUCUUCAGAGGGCGGAAAAGAGACAAAGAUACGCGUCUCACUGCCCCAAAACCAAGCACGUCAAAUAUAACUGCGGGUCCGGACGCAGAGAGUGGCGCUGCCAAUCCCGAAAAUGACAUUUCCAAAACCGACGACCACGACAACGCAAAUGGCUUUUGGCAGAUGGCGUACAACGAGUUAACAGAAAGCGACCCAAAUAGUGUAGCAAUACUUUUCCCGCUGACCGGAACUAAGCCUCAGGAUGCUGGCGAUGCACGAACGAGAGAGAUAUUGGACGAGGUAGUUAAGGCGACAAGGGCGCAGUACAAGAAGGAGGGAGGAAAGCAUGGCAUUCGGGCCACAGCCGAAAAAAUAUUAGACUCUGUGCUGUCUUUCCAAGAUAUUGUCAGUAAUAUUGCGAAAUUUGAUCCGACUGGGUACGCUUCCAGUGCUUGGGCGAUAGUUUCCCUUGGAUUAACGAUGGCUAAAAAUCAUGCAGACCGCAAGGGGGCUCUAUUUGACUCAGCGGGAUAUCUGGCGGAUUUGCUGAGUCGUUGUGCCUUCAUCGAAGAACAGUUUUAUGGGGAUAGAAACCCUGUCAUAGUGAAUAUCGGGAAAGAACGAUCGAUCGUCCGGGUAUAUGUGGCAAUAUUGCGAUACUCCGCCGAAGUACGUAGAGUUCAACAGUCUAACAAGGGAAAGGAUAUCGCGGAGAGCAUAACGGCUAUAACAAGCCAGCCACUCCUGCAGCUCAAGACCUUAGCCAAGGAAGAGGAGUCCCACCUGUAUCAAUGGCUGGUUGUGGACCAGCACCUACACCGAAAAAAGGAAGCAGAGGCUAUUCUGACUCACCUCGAUGAAUUGAUCGUGGAUAUCCAAAAAAUGCGUGAUGCAGUUGAUAUGUUGCAUCUCCCUGUUGCCAAAGGCGCAUUUUUUGACUCCUUCGAGGAUCAGCAUGAGGAUGAGUGCCUUCCUGGAACACGAACAGAAUUGCUUCAGAAGGUGCAGGACUGGGGAAGGUCUAGUGAAAGAUGUAUAUUCUGGCUGAGUGGAAUGGCAGGUACUGGCAAGUCCACUAUUGCGAGGACGGUAGCCCGAUCGUUUAAAGAGGAUGGCAUCCUCGGGGCAAGUUUCUUUUUUAAGAGGGGCGAGGGAGAUCGUGGCUCAGCUGCAAAGUUCUUCCCAACAAUAGUAAAGCAAUUGGCAGUCUACAUUCCUCAAAUGGUUCCCGGAAUCCGAAAAGCUCUCGAAGACGAUCCUGCGAUUCCGGGAAGAUCAAUUCGAGAGCAGUUUAAUAAGCUCAUGUUACAGCCGUUACUCGCUGUAGAUUAUGGUGAAGCCAUGGAUUCCACAGUGAUUGUCAUCGACGCCCUAGAUGAAUGCGAUCGGGAGGAAGACAUAGAGAUUAUCCUCAACCUUUUACCUGGGGUUGAGACGGCAACAAAUCUGGCAAUCCGGUUCUUCUUAACCAGCCGGCCGGAGAUACCCAUCCGUUUUGGGUUUAAUCAGAUCGAUAGGAGCAAGUACCAGAAUACUAUCCUGCAAAAUCUGGAUGAAGAUAUGAUAAAACAUGAUAUCGCCUUAUAUCUCAGAGAAGAAUUCUCGAAAAUACAGCAGAAGCGCCGGUAUGCUCUUUCUCCCGGCUGGCCUGGAGAGGAACGGAUCGAAGCCUUAGCAAUGAUAGCUUGUCCGCUCUUUAUUUUUGCAGCCACAAUGUGUCGUUUUGUGGGGGAUAGGCAUUUUGACCCGGAUGAACGGCUUCGGGAGUUUUCUGCUAGUUCUACAGGAUCAAAGAUGGAUAACACAUACCGACCGGUUUUGAGCCAACUCCUUGUCAAGGAUACUACAGACAGGAAUAAAUUGGUGAAAGAGUUUCAAAAGAUUAUCGGUGUAAUUAUUCUGCUUGCUAAUCCGCUCUCGUUGAGGUCUCUUGCAGAGCUGCUUGAAACACCGGAACACCAUAUCAGUAUUUAUCUGGACUUAUUCCAUUCAGUCCUGUCUAUACCUAGCGAUCCGACUCUGCCUAUACGGACCCUGCAUUUGUCCUUCCAUGAUUAUCUGGUGGAUCAUCGUACAAAAGACCAAAAUAACAUAUCCCGAUUCUGGGUGGAUAAAAGGGACAAGCACGAGUUCAUAGCCUGCCAAUGUCUUGCUGUUAUGGGCCGUUACCUCAAAAAGAAUAUUUGCAAUCUGCCAAGCUAUGGGACCAGCCGAACAGAGAUAGGCCCUGAUUCUAUAGCAAGAUAUCUUCCGCCUGCCCUCCAGUAUGCCUGUCGUCACUGGGUUUACCAUCUAACUGAAAUCCCAGCACAAGCCAGAAUUCUUGGCAAAGUGCUCAUAUUCCUGAAAGACCACUUUCUUCAUUGGCUGGAGGCCAUGGGUAUUUUAGGAAUAAUAUCAGAAGCUAUAAUUGCGGUGAAUUCAUUGCUCCAACUGACUAAAGAUAAAUCCAGUAAUGAGAUACAUGUUUUCCUCUUAGAUACGCGCAGAUUUAUUCUAAAGUUUACACAAAUUGUUGAUACAGCACCACUGCAGCUGUACAGUUCUGGUCUGAUUUUCGUCCCACGUACAGCGUUGAUCAGAGAGAAUUUUAAGAGAGAACUUCCUACUUGGUUGUUCAGAGGUCCAAAAGUAGAAGAGUAUUGGAAUCCAGAAAUGCAAACGCUGGAGGGCCAUUCUGGCUCGAUUCUGUCAGUUGCCUUCUCAGGCGAUGGCCAGCUUCUGGCAUCCGGCUCUCUUGACAAGACUAUCAAGCUAUGGGAUCCCGCCACCGGCACUCUUAAGCAUACCCUAGAGGGCCAUUCUGACUCGGUUCAGUCAGUUGCCCUCUCAGGCGAUGGCCAGCUUCUGGCAUCCGGCUCUGUUGUCUUCUCAGGUGAUGGCCAGCUUCUAGCAUCCGGCUCUCUUGACAAGACUAUCAAGCUAUGGGAUCCCGCCACCGGCACUCUUAAGCAUAACAUAACCACUGACGGUAUUGUUACCAACAUUGAAUUUUCAGAGCAUCUGCCGCUAUUGACUACGAACAUAGGAUCUUUCGAUAUCCAAAUCUGCUACGAGAGCUUCUCAUCAAAUUCCUCCAAAAAAGUGACAGAGGUAUCUCUGGGAGUAGAUCGGUGGGUUAGUAUUCAGGGUCAAAGAGAGCUAUGGCUACCUCCCAAUUAUCAACCUAGCUCCUCAACGGUUAAAGAUAGUAUUAUCGCACUUGGUAGCACGAGCGGCAGAGUUGCUAUAAUUACGUUCUCAGUUAUAUAA